CCAAGUUGGUGAGCGUGGUGAGCGUGUCUGCAUGCAACUCAUUUCGAGAAGCUCCCAACUUCAAGUAGAAAGUGUUGUAAAUAGCUGUAAACAUGAGUAACAAUCAGGGGAGUGUGACCAGUCGGCAUUCUACGAUCAAUGGCCGAAAGCCGACGGUCGACGACAUUUUUGCUAGAAAAGCUACAAUGGAAAGAGUGAAGCCGGCCCUGAAAAGAGCGUGUGUCAACUUUUUUUUAGCUUUGGUCGUGCUCAUGGAUAUGCGCCAAGGAUCGGUGAUGAGGCUUUUUGAAGAAGAGUGGUUAGUGCUUUGGUACACUGAGUGUGCCUUGGGCAUACUCCUAUGCUGCAACUCCCUCGUGUACAUUGCCUCGUACACCUGGGCUCACUUUUGGGAGCAGCCAGUGCCGGUUACUCCUAAGCAGAUGAAGUUACUCCGCAUUUCUGAAACGGACGCUGGUUUCCAUCUAAAGAGUCCACCUCAACCAAGCCUACCAGAGACAAGGUGGCGUGGCUCUGAUUUUGUCCUCCCUUCGGCAACCUCUUCCCCGCUUUCAAGAUCAAUGGCCAUGACGCCACACGACAUGUCUGCUGCGAGCUGGGGUUCUGCUGGUUCGAGCUUUGGAGGCAAUACUAGUCUUCCAUCCAAUUCUUGGUUGUUCUACGGAGGACCAAAUGCUUCCCUCGACAAGACUGGCUUGUCGGAUACGUCUUCAGACUCGGCACUUACAGGAGCCUCCAGGGGCCUGCGCUGGCGGGGUUCACCUCAAGUAGGAUGGCACAUAAAUGACGAACGCAGCUUGGACGACUACCUGGCUGCCCAUGAAGAAUCCGAUCGCAGCCUCUCUUUCGACGUACCAGCGAGCAGCGGCGUGUCCAACUCUUCACUGCGGCUGGAUGCCGACUCUGUGAUCUCUCACCUCAGCCACUACCAGAAGGCGACAAGGUCUCCGCAGACGAUGCAUGGUGACGACCUCGACUCGGCGGCCACCUUCAGUGGAGACAGUGUUUGGAAGAAGUGGUCUAUUGCUAAAGACAAGCUUGACAUUUGGGUCGAGAACCUUCGCAAGUGGAUCAGCCAGACCAUUGUGAAACGAGUGGACUCCGAGAUCGACUCCAUCAACACCACGCUCCAGAGGCUGGGAUCUUCAGAUUUACGUAUUGGUGAGGCCAACCCGUCAACGUUGCAACAGGUAGCUCUCAGCAAAGGGCAGCAUGUGCCUACACUGGCUUCUCUGCUCCCAUAUUUGGACCUGAACAGCAACCAUGAAUACCUAGUCCUGCGAAUCAAAGAGCUGGCUCGAGGUGGCUGCAUGAGUGACUUCCGGUGGAACAGUGGCAGCCAGAAUUACCGGGGCAAGCCGUGGAGUGACUCACUUCCUACCGACUCAGCUAUAGUUCUGCAUCUCCUGUGCACAUACCUGAACUCGAGGCUACCUCCUGAUCCACGCUUCCCAGAUGGGAAAACUUUCACCUCGCAGUUCUUCCACAAGGCACCAAACAAGCCUCCUGCAGACAAGGACGCCCUGUGUAUUUAUCAGACCAGUGUGCUACCACCACACUACCGUGUCAUCGUAGGUGAGGACACCUGGGACCUGCCGAAGGGCCGAAACAAUCUCUUCUAUGCCAUCCUCCUGUUCCUGCACUGUAUCAAGACUAAACAUGGUGGCAUGCUUGGGAGGAUCAACCUUGGCCUGUCGGGAGUGAACGUCCUCUGCGUCUUGGAUGGAUAGCAUUGCUCACCUUGACGUAUAGCAGUUGCUUCAAGUCGGGUUGCCUUCACCUGGAGGAAAUAGUUCGGCGGGACAUUGCCAUGUGUUGCCAUCUAGAGUUGCUUAUGGACACAAGUAACCUGUGCAGUGUAGAACAGUCCUCAUGCAACUGACUGUACCAUUUUCUGUGCAAAUAUGUGGACUAUGCAUUUCAACAGUGCUUUAGGUUUCUUCAUUCAUUACUGUUUAUCCCAUGAUCUUACUGCAUCAUACUCAUAUUGCAUCAGCAUUUAAGACCAACUUCCCUUCACAAUAGACCUCUCCUGGGGUACAUCACAUCGCACCGGCGACGUGACUGCGUGGUGCAGUUGCGCUUUAGUUGGUGUAGGUAGGGCGCCAUGUGGACGCGUGUUUUUAAUUUCUUUUAUUUAUUUUUAACUUUUACAUCAUCAUCAUCAUCAUCAGACUAUAUUUAUGUUCACUGCAGGACGAAGGCCUCUUCCUGCGAUCUCCAAUUACCCCUGUCUUGCGCUAGCUGAUUCCAACUUGCGCCUAACUUCGUCACUCCACCUAGUUUUCUGCCGUCCUCGACUGUGCUUCCCUUCUCUUGGUAUCCAUUCUGUAACCCUAAUGGUCCACCGGAUAUCCAUCCUACGCAUACAUGGCCUGCCCAGCUCUACUUUUUCCACUUAAUGUCAACUAGAAUAUCGGCUAUCCCCAUUUGUUCUUCGAUCCAUACCGCUCUCUUCCUGUCUCUUAACGUUAGGCCUAACAUUUUUUGUUCCAUCGCUCUUUGUGCUGUCCUUAACUUGUUCUUGAGCUUCUUUGUUAACCUCCAAGUUUCUGCCCCAUAUGUGAGCACCAGUAGAAUGCAAUGAUUGUACACUUUUCUUUUCAACGACAGAUUAGCAGUAAUGUUAGUCGGAGAACAUCGGCAUGUGGUAAACUGUGUGAUAAAAAUGUGGCGACGCUGUGCCUUUUUUACUUGCGAACGUGAACCACGUGUAGGUGGUCUGUGAUGGAUUGUGCAAUGAAGAAUAUCGGCUUUUCCAUGGAUGUGUGCCACAUUUGUUGUGGUAAAGUGUGCGGCGAGAACAGCGACGAUAUCGGCUUACCUUUGCGUAGGGAAAUGGACCGCAUUUUGUGUGUGUGUGGAUCUGUGUGUGGAUCUGUGUGUGGAUGUGUGUGUGGAUCUGUGUGACUGUGGGUGAC